AUGUGCAUCCUCGUUAACAACCGCGACCACACAGCGACAGCAGCAUCCACGCCGUCGACAGGCGGCUGUCGGCGACCGCUGGCGCCGCCCGUCCUAAAGCCGCUCUUGCCCCAGCCAUCGACACCGACAUCAUCGUCGUCGUCGUCGUCGUCGCCGCUCUUACCGUCCUUGCAUCUGCUUCAACAGUUUGGCAAGUUUGCGCCAUUGCCACGUCUCGUGCGCAGCAUCUCGAUGCAGAUCCCGCCACUCGCCAGCAUUGACCGACAAAUCUCGUGCCCUGUCACGACCACCACCACCACAGAACUCAAGCCGCUCUCCAAGAAGCGCAAAAUGACCAUGGACGACAUUACGAGUACGCUCGAGUCGCCGCCGUUCAAGAAGGAGCGUCGUGACGUCCCAUCGACCCCGACGCCGGCGCCGCUUGCGCCCCGACCAAGCCUUCUUCUUCUUCUUCGCGUGCCAAGUACUGCACGGCAACCGUCGACGAUUGCUCGCCUCAAGACGGGCAAGGACGUCUGUGUUGUGCUCACGGCCGCGGGUGUUGUCGACUGGACGGCCACGUACUAUAUGUACGGCUUUGACAAGAACUCGGUGUUUUACUCGCUCAUGCCGCUCCGGAAGCUUCACGAGCCGUGGUCCAUUGCUGAGACCCGCUACUGUGUCGAGCUGGUCCGACUCUUGCAGGCUGGCCACAUGCGGGUGCCCCAAGGGCGCAUGAUGGACACUUACAUUGCCGAGAAGCUUCACUGCGACGGCCUCCGCGUCUCCAAGAAGCUGCGUGCGAUCAAGAAGCGGGACCACGCGGCCAUGGGCAAGUUUGUGGGCAUGUCGCCGACCCAAGUCAAUAUUCUGAAAGACUGCAAAGUGGACUUUCUCAAGGGUCUGCAGCCCGAGAUUGACGCGAUCAUGGAGAAGGAGCAUCUCGACCAGAGCUGGGUCGUUACGGUCAAGCAUCCCGUGCACGCGCAGCAGCACCAUGCGUCGCCGUCGUCGUCAACCUAAUGGUUCUCGCACAUUAAACGCAAAAAGAGAAAAAACGCAAAAUUUCGAACCCCG